AUGGCCAAAGGCUUUUUCAUCAGCAAGACUCUGGGGGUAGUAGGUAUAGUGGUGGGAGCAGGAGCUGUGGCCACCAUCAUCGCCUUGUCGGUCGUCUACGCUGAAGAGAAGUCCAAGAACACUGUCGAGGGUGGGCCAGUGACCACCACGGUCAAGCCCUCUCCCACCGAUCCAACUGCCCCAACCAUCCCAAAUACCCCUGCACCCCCUAAUGAUCCAUGGAACAGGUAUCGUCUGCCUGACUCCCUGGUACCUGAAUCUUACAACGUGACCCUGUGGCCCCGACUGGAGCUAGAUGGACAGGGCAUGUACAUAUUUACAGGGAAUUCCACCGUGAUCUUCAAAUGUUUGAAGGAAACGGACCUGAUCCUCAUUCACUCCAACAAGCUGAAGCUGACCCGGUUCAAUGAUGCCCAAGCCAUGCUGCACACGGUGGACGGCUCCACUGCACCAACCAUAAAGACCACCUGGCUGGAGGAGCCCACCCAGUACCUUGUGGUUCAGCUGGAUGGAAAACUAACGGCGGGAAAGUCCUAUGGUCUGUACACUGAAUUCAGGGGAGAGCUGGCUGAUGAUCUAGCAGGUUUUUACAGGAGUGAAUAUUACGAGGAUGGAGUCAAGAAAGUAGUUGCCACGAGUCAGAUGCAUCCCACGUACGCUCGGAAGACAUUCCCGUGUUUCGACGAACCCGCGCUGAAAGCCAUUUUCUACAUCACUCUCAUCCACCAGCCCGGCACCGUGGCUCUUUCUAACGGGAAGGACAUUGACACUGUAAACACCACCAUUAAUGGCACUGCAGUCACCCAGACCACAUUUGAACCAACCAAGACAAUGUCCACCUAUCUGUUGGCUCUUAUUGUCAGUGACUAUCGUUCCAUUGACUCAGCGGAAGACAAAGUUCUGAUUCGGAUAUGGGCUCGUAAAAAAGCCAUUGCGGAUGGGCAUGGAGAUUAUGCACUGAAUGUCACUGGACCAGUCUUGAAGUUCUUCGAAGGCUACUACAAUGUCGACUACCCUUUGUCCAAAUCAGACCAGAUUGCGCUGCCUGAUUUUUAUUUUGGUGCUAUGGAGAACUGGGGACUGGUCACCUACAGAGAGACAAACCUUCUAUAUGAUCCCAUCAUGUCCUCCAAUGCAAACAAGGAGAGGACUGCCUCUAUAAUCGCACAUGAACUGGCUCACAUGUGGUUCGGGAACCUUGUGACGCUGAGGUGGUGGAACGAGGUCUGGCUGAAUGAAGGAUUUGCGUCCUAUGUGGAAUAUUUGGGAACUGACUAUGCAGAACCCACCUGGAAUAUUAAAGACCUGAUCGUCCUGAACGAUGUUCACAGGGUGUUUGCCAUCGAUGCCCUAGCCUCCUCUCACCCUCUAUCCUCUAAAGAGGAUGAGAUCUACAAGCCAGAACAAAUCACUGAGCUGUUUGAUGCCAUCUCCUACAGUAAGGGAGCGUCGGUUCUGAGGAUGCUCUCGGAGUUCCUCACAGAGGAAGUCUUCGUCAGAGGACUUGGCACCUACCUGAAAGAAUUUGCUUACAGCAACACUGUGGGAGCAGACCUCUGGGAUCAUCUUCAGAGAGCUGCGAAUGAGACCAACACGCCCCUGCCUGAGACUGUGCCUGAGAUCAUGAACCGCUGGGUUCUGCAAAUGGGCUUCCCUGUGGUCACGAUCAACACUGCAACCGGAGCUCUAUCCCAGCAGCACUUCCUCCUGGACCCCAACUCUACUGUGGACCGGCCGUCUGAGUACUUUUAUAAGUGGUAUGUACCCAUCAGAUGGAUGAAAUCAGGACUCGUCCAAGACCAAUAUUGGCUGAUGACAGAUAUAGAUACUAACACAGACAUGGCAGUGACUGGAGCUGAUUGGGUUCUAGCCAACCUCAACGUCACAGGGUACUACAGGGUUAACUACGACCAAACAAACUGGGACCGCCUCCUCGGUCAGCUGAACAGUGACCACCAGGCCAUUCCAGCCAUCAACAGAGCCCAGCUUGUUGAUGAUGCUUUCAAUCUUGCAAGGGCAGAAAUGGUCGACACAACAUUAGCUCUGAGUACAACUACGUACCUUUCCAACGAAAGGGACUACAUGCCAUGGGAGUCAGCCUUGGACAACCUUGAAUACUUUAGCCUCAUGUUUGACCGCACCGAGGUCUAUGGACCAAUGCAGGCUUACCUCAGGAGUAAAGUCAGACCUCUUUUUGACCACUUUAAGCAAAUUACUUCCAACUGGACCGAUGUACCUGAGGGGCAUACUGACCAGUACAACCAAGUCAAUGCCAUCAGGAUGGCUUGUAGCACUGGGGUGGCCGGAUGUGAGGAUUUGACCAGAGGAUGGUUCAGAGAGUGGAUGCAGGACCCCAACAAUAAUACGAUCAAUCCCAAUCUGAGGACCACGGUGUACUGCAGCGCCAUCGCUGCUGGGGGCGUGGCGGAAUGGGACUUUGGCUGGGAGAUGUUCCGGAACGCCACCAUGGCCUCCGAGGCGGAGAAGCUGAGGUCCGCUUUGGCCUGCACUAAAGAGCCCUGGCUGCUCAACAGAUACCUGGAGUACACCCUGGACCCAACUAAAAUUAGGAAGCAGGAUGCCACCUCUACCAUUGUGUAUAUCGCCGACAAUGUGGUGGGCCAAUCUCUUGCCUGGGACUUUGUCAGAGCGAAAUGGGAGUACAUAUUCACACAGUAUGGAGCCAGUACUUUCUCAUUUGCGCAACUUAUAAGUGGGGUGACUAAACGGUUUUCAACAGAAUUUGAGCUGGAACAGCUGGAACAGUUCAAGGCGGACAAUGCCGAGGGUGGGUUUGGGACAGGCACACUGGCCCUGGAGCAGUCUAUCGAGAGAACUAAAGCCAACAUCAAAUGGUUAGCGGCUAAUCAGAAGCAAGUGAAGGAGUGGUUUGAAAAUGAAUCAAAACCAAAGGAAAACUUCAGAGAAUGA